AUGGACACAACCGCGAGCCUCAUUGCGAUUGUGACCCUUUGUGAGCAAGUCAUCAAGUACAUCAACGCCGCAGCCGGAGCCAAGGACGACAGACAACGCCUUCGCACCCAGAUACGGACAUGCAGUCACUUCAUCCUCCAGCUUAAAGAUGAAGCAGAAGACUCUGAGCAGGGCCAAGAAUGGGCAAAGUCAAUGCAGUUGCUGUCCAGCCCACUCGAUCGCCUUCACACAGCUCUGAGUUUGGCGGCUCAAAGUCUUUCGUCCAGAGAUAGCACAGUGGAGAAACUCAAAUGGCCUUUCAAGGAGAAGGAUGUGCGGAAACUCAUUGAAGCAGUCGAGUGCGAAAUGAACUUAUUGUCCUUGGCCCUCGACAGAAACUUCACACGGCUGCUUCACGAGAUCAAUCUUCAAUCCAAGCACAAUGAGCAACUUUUGGUGAAAUUAAAGAACGCGUUGUCUUGCCGAGAUAUCGAUCAGCAGCGCGAAAUUAGAAAGAUAGAACAAGGAAUUCAGAGAGUUCAGAUAGGUCAGAGUGACGUCCAAGAACAAGUCCAUCAGCUGCACGAGCGUCACGACUCAGACAAAGCCUCAGAGAAGCGCCGGUCCAUCCUUACCUGGCUAACGCCCAUCGACUAUGCCUCACAGCAACGAGAUGCCAUCCGCCGACGACAGCCUGGAACGGGUCAAUGGUUCAUAAACUCGCGAGAGUACCAAGACUGGAUCGGUGGGAGAAAUCGCACUCUGUUCUGUCCAGGAAUUCCUGGCGCAGGAAAGACUGUUCUUGCUUCAAUCAUCAACGCUGAUUUAUGGGAGCGAUACCAUGCUGAUUCGACCGUUGGCCUUGCGCACCUUUUCUUCGACUACCGCCGUCAGGAUCAGCAAUCAUUAGAAACUCUCCUCUCGGGUCUCUUGAAACAGCUUGUUAGACAACAGCCAUCUCUGCCUAGACAAGUUGAGGGGUUCUAUCAACAACUGCAACAAGGAGCUUCAGAUCGGGCCAAGGCAACUGUGAAGGCUUUGGAAGCUGUUAUAGCAGACUUUUCGAGAGUCUUUAUCGUACUAGACGCGGUCGAUGAGUGUCUUACCCCUGGUGAAAGUCGCACAGGGCUGCUGUGUACGGUUCAAGAGUUGCAAGAAAAGUGUGGGCUAAACCUCCUCGCUACAUCACGAGACAUCCCCGACAUCACCGAGCGAUUCAGGACAUCUUCUGUUCUGGAAAUCCGAGCGGAUGAAGAGGACGUGAGAAAGUACCUUAAUGGGCAGGCGCAACGCCUCCCAAGUUUUGUCCGGAGGAAUGCAGUGUUCCAGAAAGAAGUCGUCUCCAGCAUCGUUGACGUGGUGCAGGGAAUGUAUGUUGCCUGA